AUGGCGGCGACGCCAGGCAGAGCGUGAAGCUAAAAAAAAAAAAAGCACUCAUCCUGUCUCCAACUCUCGUAAACUUUCUCUCUCUCCCUCUGCAGCAGUCGUCAUUUCUCCCUCAACCGGCCGUGGAGACGCUGGUUCGCCGCUUCUUCGCUGUAACCCGCAUCCGUCUUUUCGCCCAUGCUCCAUCCAGCCGUCCUCCGGCCGAUACAUCUUCCCCCGACCCCCCCACCUGCGGGGUUUGUCGGCCAGCUGAUAGCUCUCCUCAAGAGCGGCGAGGCUGCGUCUGACACCAAAUAGCACGUCGCCACACCGCUACGGUUUUUUUUUAGGACUGGAAGAGCGGGGGGGGGGGACACGAGACAGCCUGGGCAGAACUCCUUGUGAUUCCUUUUCCUGGGACAGGAGGGGGAUAGGAGGGAGGGACUGGAGUCUAGGACCACUUUGGGUACGGACACAUUUUUUUUGUUUGUUUUUUUUGCCUGUGACAAGGGUUAGACCAGGACAACGUUCAGGUGGUGCCAUGGCGUCGUUGGGGAAGACCGUCUGGAGUGUGGCAAAGCUGCUAGUCGCACUGCUGCUGGGUGUCCUCCGGGCGGAUGGGCUGGAGGUGUCGACCGGGAAAGUGUCAACAGUCGAAGCGAUGAACGGCUCGACGGUGCUGAUACUGUGCACGUACAACUCCUGCUUUGGCAUCAAAGACCUCUUCUUCAGCUGGCGCUUCAACGGGACCGUCAAACUCUGUGAAGGGAAGAUUGCUAAAGAAGGUGUGGAACCCAAGGUGAAAGUGGAGCACAAGCGAGUAGAAUUUGUGGGUUCUACAAAAUCCAAAAACAUCUCCAUCCUGCUGUGGAACAUCACCUUCGAUGAUGACGGGGAGUACACCUGUUUUGCCAAAAACCCGAAGGAGAGGGGCCGCAACGACAGCGCCGUCUUCACUCUCAAAGUGGUAAACGAAAUGCAAGAGGUGGACAACACUCUGACCACCAUCAUCGUCUCCGUGUUGGGCGGAGUCAUCGGCUUAGCCAUCAUCGUCAUGGUGAUAAAGGCCCUGGUGGUUAACUUCCUGCUGAAGGGUGACGAGAAGAAUAAAGAGUGCCUGGUUAACGCCUCAGGGAACGACAACACAGAAAACGGACUUACGGGAGCCAAAGCUGACAACAAAGGAACACCAAAGGCAUGAGCAAAAAAAAAAAAAAACUUGCAUUACGUCUGUAUGUUUAUAUGUAUGUUAUAAUGAAUGGGACUGUUGCUAACUAGUAGUCUGUGCAAAUGCAUCGUUAAAAAUUGCUUGGAAUUGAAGAAGUACGCAGAAGGCGGAGUCACUCGACGCCAUCUUCCCAGCCUGUACGCUCAAAUUCUGCUUCUCGUUUCUCAGCAACUUCCCUCGUACUAUUCCCAAGAAGAAUAUCGAUCCGGCACUAAUGGGUUCUCAGUAUUUAGACGCCUGGAUCCACUAGAACAGGGGUCACCAACCUUUUUUGAAACCAAGAGCUACUUCUUGGGUACUGAUUAAUGCAAAGGGCUACCAGUUUGAUACACACUUAAAUAAAUUGCCAGGAAUAGCUAAAUUGGCUCAAUUUACCUUUAAUAAAUAAAUACAUAUAUAUAAAAAAAUGGGUCAUUCCGUCGUACAUUUUUUUUCCUUUUACGGAAGUUUUUUUUGUAGAGAAUAAAUGAUGAAAAAAACGGUUUAAAAGAGGAGAAAACAGGAAAAAAAUGAAAAGUAAAUUUUGAAACAUAGUCUAUCUUCAAUUUCGACUCUUUAAAAUUCAACUGAAAAAAAUGAACAGAAAAACUAGCUAAUUAGAAUCUUUUGGAAAAAUUAAAAAAAAAAUUUAUGGAACAUUAUUAGUCAUUUUUCCUGAUUAAGAUUAAUUUUAGAAUUUGUAUGACAUGUUUUAAAUAGGUUAAAAUCCAAUCUGCACUCUGUUAGAAUAUAUAACAAAUUGGACCAAGCUAUAUUUCUAACAAAAACAAAUUUCUAGAUUUUCCAGAACAAAAAUUUUAAAAGAAAUUCAAAAUACUUUGAAAUAAGAUUUAAAUUUUAUUCUACAGAUUUUCUAGAUUUGCCAGAAUAAUUUUUGGGAAUUUUAAUCGUAAUAAGUUUGAAGAAAUAUUUCACAAAUAUUCUUCGUCGAAAAAACAGAAGCUAAAAUUAAAAAUUUAAAUUAAAAUGUAUUUAUUAUUCUUAAUAAUAAAAAAUAAAAAAUACUUGAACAUUGAUUUAAAUUGUUAGGAAAGAAGAGGAAGGAAUUUAAAAGGUAAAAAGGUACAUGUAAUUAAAAAUCCCAAAAAUCAUUUCUCAGGUUGUAUUUUUUCUCUAUAAAUUGUCUUUCUGUAAGUGUAUAAGUAAAAAACUAAAAUUAUUUAUUUAAACAAGUGAAGUUUAAGUCUUUAAAAUAUUUUCUUGGAUUUUCAAAUUCUAUUUGAGUUUUGUUUCUCUUAGAAUUAAAAAUGCAGAGCAAAGCGAGACCAGCUUGCUAGUACAUAAAUAAAAUUUAAAAAAUAGAGGCAGCUCACUGGUAAGUGCUGCUAUUUGAGCUAUUUUUAGAACAGGCCAGCGGGCGACUCAUCUGGUCCUUACGGGCGACCUGGUGCCCGCGGGCACCGCUUUGGUGACCCCUGGUCUAGAGGAACAUUGAUGCCAUAAUGUUUGCAUUAAGACGUCCAACUCUUCAUUAUAAUUGAAAAAAAUGUACGCUGUUUUUCAAAAAUCUUUUUUUUUUUAAAGCUUUUCAAUUUUCUGGGGGAAACACUGGUAACCUUUAAAAUUCGGGAUGCAGCCAAAGUAAAAAUUGUCAAAACCGGAAACAAAAACAAGUCCAAAAACUCAAAAUACCCCCAAAAAUGUGUUGUUAUCGUUACACUUAUGACUAAGACUGUCUACUACCCUUAGUCAAAUCAAGCCAUUUCAAUUGUUCAAAUUAAUAUUUAUCUUUCAAACAAUGAAAACAAUGAUAAAAUAAUGAAAAAAUAAAAAGAUUGACUCUUGGUAUUACAACAAUAUAAAAUCAAAACAAUAAUGCACAGGCCAAAAUACUGAACGGCGCCAUAUUUCUGUGCGGUUUUGUGCACAUAGUCAGAACGGCGAUGGAGAUUUCACGUGAUUAAACAUCAACGUGGAGAACGUCUUUGCAGAAAAUCGCCGUCUUUAAUAUAAAGGAAGAUUGAUGAAACCCAAAAGCAGAUUUGAACAUACGGCUGGCGACAUGGCUUCCUAACGCAAGUGAAUGAUCUUCCUCUGCAGUUAUUUUGCUUUAAGAUUAAAACACAGGUGCCUGCUUUUGCACCUGCGCCCUCUGUUGGCAGGAGGUCGAAAUCACAGAAAAUGAAUUGGGGGUUAAAAAAAAAAAAAAAGAUAACCAAACAACUCCAAUUCUCAUCCCAAGACAAUCCCAGGACUCCACAGUUAAUCAAGCUUCUUCCGACUUUUUUAGCAUGUGCACAUUUGAGAACAUUUACAUGGUAUUUAUGCCACUAUGUUCAUUCCUUGCAAAUUAUGUUAAACUCAGCUGUCAUACCUUUGAAAAGGUGGAAGAAAAGUGACUAUUCACUGACUAUAGCAUCGAAAAUCUAAUCAUAGAGAUGUACUGUCGAGUAUUAGGGCCACACUGAAAGGGGAACAUGUAAUAAUCAGGGGCGUCCCUUCCAAUGAGAGCCUUCAGUAUCAUUCAUUACAGAUAAUUAUCCGAUACAGUAUCACCACGGAUCUUAUAUACUUGUAUUGUUUUGUAGUGUGGAAUAAUAGAAAAGGCUUGAUCACGUCAAAUGAGUCAAACAUAGAACAAUAUUAGGUACGGAAAACGUUAACCUAUUCAUAUUUAAUCGUCUGGAAUGGACUCACGCCGUCUGAUAAUUGUUGUCAGCUGACCACAAUAAUUAAUUAAAUUAAGCUCAUGGCGCUGGAUAUCUUCUAAUACGCUUCUACACUAAUAUGCUACUAUAAUUAUUUAAUAUUUCAUUAUAUUGACAAAUUUACUGUUUUGCACAAUUUUGUUCCAUUAAGGACACUUAUUACAACAAUUAAAAUAUGAGGAGGGAAAGUAAUAAAAAAAUGACAAUUUUAAUUUUAAGAAUUUUAAAAAAUGUGAAAUAUUAUGAUAGAAAAUAAAUAAUUUUCCAACAACAACCAUGUGAUAUUGGAAAAAGACAAGAGAAGAAAAUACGCAUUAUUUUAGAGGGAAAAGAGUGUAUUGCCAUUUUAAUAAAUGUUGUAAUAUUCCAUGAAAAAGGUUAAAAAAAAAUUUUGAGCGGAAUAUUGACAGGAACAGUUUUAUUUUGACAGGAUUAAUAUAAUAAAAAAGGCAAAAUUGUGCAGUAAUAAAGUUGUGCCGUUUAUGGACAUAAGUCACAUUACAAUUAAAAAAAAAAGUUGUUAUAUCUAGAGAAUAAAAGCUAAAUAUUAUGAGGGAAAAGUAUUUUUUUAAUUAAAAUUAUAAUUUAAAAAGGCUGAAAUAUUAUGAAAGAAAAGUAAUCAUUUUCCAACAACAAUGUGAUAUUGGAAAAAAGACUGUGUAAAUCACAUCAUAACAAGAAAAUAGUCAUUAUUUUUACAAGGAAAAGGGCAUAUUGUAAUAAAAGUUGCACUAUUCCGUGAAUAGCUAAAUUUAAAAAAUUAGAUAAAAAUCGAAAUAUUGACAGAAAAAGUUGUAUUUUGACACUAAAGAUAGAAUAAAAAAAAAAAAGGCAAAAUAGAAUUAAAAAAGGCAAUAUUGUGCAGUAAUAAAGUUCAGCCGUUUCCGGACAGAAGUCACAUUACAAUUUUUAAAAAAAAGUUGUAAUAUCUAGAGAAUAAAAGCUGAAUAUUAUGAGGGAAAAGUCAUAUUUAAUUAAAAUUAUAAUUUCAAAAAGGCUGAAAUAUUAUGAAAGAAAAGUAAUCAUUUUCCAAUAAACAAUGUGAUAUUGGAAAAAAGACAGUGUAAAUCACAUCAUAACAAGAAAAUAGGCAUUAUUUUACGAGGAAAAGGGCGUAUUGCCAUUGUAAUAAAAGUUGCACAAUUCUAUGAAAAGGGCUAAAUUAAGAAAAAAAUAUUAAAAUCGAAAUAUUUACAGAAACAGUUUUAUUUUGACACUAAAGAUAGAAUUUAAAAAGGCAAUAUCGUGCAGUAAUAAAGUUCAGCCGUUUCCAGACAGAAGUCAUAUUACAAUUUUUAAAAAAUGUAUUAAAUCUAGAGAAUAAAAGCUGAUUAUUAUGAGGGAAAAUUCAUAUUUAAUUAAAAUUAUAACUUGAAAAAUGCUGAAAUAUUAUGAAAGAAAAGUAAUCAUUUUCCAACAACACUGUGAUAUUGGAAAAAAGACAGUGUAAAUCACAUCAUAACAAGAAAAUUGUCAUUAUUUUACAAGGAAAAGGGCAUAUUGUAAUAAAAGUUCCACUAUUCCAUGAAAAAGGCUAAAUUAAGAAAAAAAAAUUCAAAAUGUUGACAGAAAGUUUUAUUUUGACACUAAAGAUAUAAUAAAAAAGGCAAAAUUGUGCACUUAUAAAGUUGUGUCAUUUGAAGACAGAAGUCACAUUACAAUUAAAAAAAAAGUUGUUAUAUUAAGAGAAUAAAAGCUGAAUAUUAUGAGGGAAAAGUCAUAAUUUUACCAAAAAAAUAAAAAUAGUUAAAGUUUGUAAAAUUCUUACAAAAUGCUUUAGGCUAUUACUAAAAUAAAUAUGAAAUUCCGAGAAUUUUAAUUACAAUUUCAUAAUACAACCCAAAAAUGAUAUAACCAGUCUUAUUCACUCCAUUCUUGUGUUAUUGUGACUUUUCCACAUGGAAAAAAAAUACAAAUGUAAUUCUUAACACAGCACUACUUUUUUUUCUCAUCGAUCUCUUAACGAGUUUGGCCCUAAUACUCCAUUUCUGCUCCAAAAGAUACACAACGGGUACAUCGUCGCCUUUAAUGGCGAACACAUUUUUAUUUUUUAUUUUUUAUUUUUUUUUAUGUCAACUCACGUCCCAGGACAAGUAGAAAGUUCCAGCUUCCUAGUAUGCAACUCUACCGGAGGAUACUUGAGAAGCUGGAACACACACGGCGGCCACACACCCUCACACAUAGCUGGGAUAGCUGGGACAGCUGAGCGCCACACACACACACACACACACACACACACAGUGUAAACACACAAUACAGCACUUUAUCACUUUGCAGGGUGGCUGCACAAAUGUUAUUAUUAUUAUUAUUCUUUGAGUCAUUUUUAUUAGUAUUCAAGCCCUCUCCUUGCUUUCAAUAUAAGCAAUACAAUAUUAGACAUUAUUAUGCAAUAACCCGAUAAAAGGAACUUUAUUAGUUCAGUCCAAGGCACUAUGCAUCCACAUUAAAUGGGCCAAGACAGUGCAACCUCCAUUUACAAACUUCAUUGGUUCUUGAAUCGCAAAGUUUGUAUUGUGAAGCCAAUUCCUCCAUAAGAAACAAUGUAAAUAUAAAAAAUUGUGUUGCAGUAAAAUGAAGGUGUGUACAUGUUGAACACAACAUGAAGUGCGAUACGGUACUGCAGGGGUCACCAACUCAGGUAGCCUGUAAGGACUAGAUGUUCUAAAAAUAGCUCAAAUAGCAGCACUUACCAGUGAGCUGCCUCUAUUUUUUAAAUUUUAUUUAUUUACUAGCAAGCUGGUCUUGCUUUGUUUGACAUUUUUAAUUUUAAGAGAGACAAAACUCAAAUAGAAUUUGAAAAUCCAAGAAAAUAUUUUAAAGACUUGGUCUUCACUUGUUUAAAUUAAUUCAUUAAUUUUUUUACUUUGCUUCUUAUUACGUUCAGAAAGACAAUUUUAGAGAAAAAAUACAACCUUACAAAUGAUUUUAGGAUUGUUAAACACAUAUACCUUUUUACCUUUUAAAUUCCUUCCUCUUCUUUCCUGUCCAGUUAAAUCUAUGUUCAAGUUUGUUUUUUUGUUUUUUAUUGUAAAGAAUAAUAAAUACAUUUUAAUUUAAUUCUUCAUUUUAGCUGCCCACAUCUGAGGUCCUCUCCAAGGUUUCUCAUAGUCAGCAUUGUCACUGGCGUCCCACUGGAUGUGAAUUCUCCCUGCCCACUGGGUGUGAGUUUUCCUUGCCCUUUUGUGGGUUCUUCCGAGGAUGUUGUAGUCGUAAUGAUUUGUGCAGUCCUUUGAGACAUUUGUGAUUUGGGGCUAUAUAAAUAAACAUUGAUUGAUUGAUUGAUUGAUUUUUUCGACGAAGAAUAUUUGUGAAAUAUUUAUUCAAACUUAUUAUGAUUAAAAUUUUUAAAAAAUUAUUCUGGCAAAUCUAGAGAAUCUGUAGAAUCAAAUUUAAAUCUUAUUUUAAAGUGGAUUUUAACCUAUUUAAAACAUGUCAACAAAAUUCUAAAAUUAAUCCUAAUCAGGAAAAAUUACUAAAGAUGUUACAUAAAUUAUUUUUUCAUUUUUUUCAAAAAGAUUCAAAUUAGCUAGUUUUUCUCUUAAUUUUUUUCAGUUGAAUUUUGAAUUUUAAAGAGUUAAAAUUGAAGAUAAAAUAUGUUUCAAAAUUUAAUUUUCAUGUUUUUCGUAUUUUCUCCUCUUUUAAGAAUAGAACAGAAUAAAAUAUAUCUUUAUUGUCAUUGUACAUUAAAAUUGUAUGCAAACUACUUUAGUGCAAAAUCAUACAUAAAAACAUAAGAACAUAGAUAAAAAUAGAUAAAAAUACAUAAAAUACAUAAAAAUACCAAGCAUACAGCUCACAACCACACUCAAUAUUGUUAUCUUGUGUUCAGCGACACUAUUGCUCUCGGGUAAAAAGUGUUUUUAAAACGGAUUGACCGGCAUUUUAUUUUAUUUAAACCGUUCAAUUAAGUGUUUUCAUCAUUUAUUCUCUACAAAAAAACAUCCGUAAAAAGAAAAAAAAUGUACGACGGAAUGACAGACAGAAAUACCAAUUUUUUAAAUAUAUAUAUAUAUUUAUUUAUUAAAGGUAAAUUGAGCAAAUUGGCUAUUUCUGGCAAUUUAUUUAAAUAUGUAUCAAACUGGUAGCCCUUCGCAUUAAUCAGUACCCAAGAAGUAGCUUUUGGUUUCAAAAAGGUUGGUGACCCCUGAGGUACUUAAUAUAAAAAAAAAAAAACAUAAGACAUGAUGGAUCGACGUAAUUAAUAACAAGCCGAAACAACAACGACAAUCUGAACUGUUCACAUCGCCGCUCUGUCGACACAGAAGUCGCUUUGGUGCCCUCACAAUCGAUUAGAAAUCACAAAAGUCCUUAACUUGAACAUCCAUUUCGCUACAAUGAUUUGAUUUGAGUUUUAUUAAGGAUCCCCAUUGGCUGGUUGCCACAACAACCCACUAUUACAAGUAAAAGCAUAUAAUUAUAACUACACAAUACAGACAAAAAAAAUACAAAAUAAAAGCAUCAAUAAGAAAACAGGCAAACAGUCACAGAAUAAUAACUACCAUAUAAACAUAACUACACAAUAUAAAACCAAACAAAAUCAUCAACGAGCAAACUAACUAAAAGACUCAGAUAAAAUAUUACUUUCCUUUUAAAAACCUGUUUACUUUCAAUGCCAGUGAGAAUUUGAGGCAGGUUAUUCCAGGACGAUACAGAUCUAUACAUAAAAGAUUUCCGCAAAGUAUUCUUCCUGGGACGAGGGAGUACAGAAUGCUCCUCACUGGACGCCCUGGUAUUAUGAUUAUGUAUAGUGCUACUGUGAACUAUUUGGGCCAUGAGAAAAGUAGGAGUUUUACUACGGGUUACUGAUUUGAAGAAUAUAAGAGUAUUAUUAUUAUGAUAAACAUAAGAAACAAGUAAAAAAUUACUUACAUUAACAAAGGCAAGGGGAGGACUAGAAAGGAAGCAACAGACAGUAGAGCCUACUUUGGCAAUUAAAACUGGCCGCUUCGUCAAUCCUUUAAUACUUGUGAACGCCAUUGACCCUUAGAAGCCUGAACAACUGAAAAUUUGACAGAAAAUUCAAAUUAUUUCAAAAUUUGAGCUUUUAUUAGUCCUUCUGAUUUUUUUUAAUUAUCUUUUUACAAAAAUUAAAAAGACAAUUUCCAUAUAUGAUUUUCAAUUUGUAUCAAAUUUGAUACAGCCAGUCACAAAAUGUUAUUUUUUGUGUUUAUUUUUUUUACCUAACCAAAACAUGAUGGAAUACACAGAAAUAUCGGUCAUGUUAUUUACAAAAAUUACAAAAACAAUUUCCACAUAUUAUUUUCAAUUUGUAUCAUAUUUGACACAGCCGGUCACAAAAUGUUAUUUUUUGUGUUUAUUUUUUUCACCUGACCAAAACAUGAUGCAGUACACAGAAAUAUAUAUUUUAUUUACAAAAUUAUAAAGACAAUUUCCAUGUAUGAUUUUCAAUUUGUAUCAUAUUUGAUACAUCCGGUCACAAAAUGUUAUUUUUUGUGUUCUUUUUUUUUUACCUGACCAAAACAUUAUGGAAUACACAGACAUAUCUGUCAUGUUAUUUACAAAAAUUACAAAAACAAUUUACACAUAUGAUUUUCAAUUUUUAUCAUAUUUGACACAUCCGGUCACAAAAUGUUAUUUUUUGUGUUUAUUUUUUUCACCUAACCAAAACAUGAUGCAAUAAACAGAAAUAUAUAUUUUAUUUACAAAAAUUACAAAGACGACUUCCAUAUAUGAUUUUCAAUUUGUAUCAUAUUUGAUACAGCCGGUCACAAAAUGUUAUUCUUCGUGUUUAUUUUUUACGCCAAACCAAAACAUAAUGCAAUACACGGAAACAUCCGUCAUGCUAUUUCCAAACACAAAAAUGACAUUUGUCAUCGUCAACUUUCCGCAACUUAACUUCACAUUCUUUAUCAUGUUCAAAGCGUCGUCAAUUCUGUAAUUAUUUGACAUCUAAAAAAAAAUAAUAAUCAAACGUUACCCAUGUUGCUACCUCUCUGCUCCGCCAGGGCGUAUACGCACGUGACGUAUCUAAGAAGGUGCGCUUGUUUUAUGUCUCUGUGAGAAGCAGAGACAAGAAAGAGUGAGAAGAGCCUGUAAUGUAAUACUCACAGCGUGUAAUCAAAUAUCACAAUGUAGUCAUUUUCUAUAUCGCACAGAGACAAACUGAAGUAUAUCGCUCAGCCCUAAUUUACAUGACACAUAUUAAUAUUCUAUAUCCAAAUAACACACUAUUUACCUCUCACGCUCAUUCAUUAAAGGCCAAAUAGACCAAAUCAACACGUGCUAUUAUAACAAACCGUCCAAAAUCCCGUGCAGUAUCUUCAAAACAUUUUUUUGUUGCUGCAGAACGCGUCCUUUAGGUACGAUGCGAGUACUAGAGUAGUCAGUGUACAGCUUGUAUAGCGAUAUAGGUGCACUACGGCCGAAGUGAUAUCCACGCCUUGUUUACAUUUGCCUAACCCAGGGGUCGGCAACCCGCGGCUCUUUAGCGCCGCCCUAGUGGCUCUCUGGAGCUUUUUCAGAAAUAUAUGAAAAAUGGAAAUGAUGAGGGGAAAACAAACAUAUUUUGUGUUUUAAUUUGGUUUCUGUAGGUGGACAAACAUGACACAAACCUCCCUAAUUGCUAUAAAGCACACGGUUUAUAUCAAACAUGCGUCACUGAUUCGAGUAUUUGGCGAGCGCCGUUUUGUCCUACUAAUUUUGCCGGUCCUUGAACUCACCGUGGCUUGUUUACAUGUGUAACUUUCUCCGACUUUCUAGGACGUGAUUUACGCUACUUCUUUUUCCGUCUCAUUUUGUCAACCAAACUUUUAACGUUGUGCAUGAAUGCACAAAGGUGAGUUUUGUUGAUGUUAUUGACUUGUGUGGAGUGUGCUAAUCAGACAUAACAUGCUAUUUAGGCUAGCUGUAUGUCAGUGGUUCUUAACCUGGGACACGCCCGACUUAUCGUGUAAAUAAAAACUUCUCCCUAUCGGCGUAUUACGGCUACGGCAACAGCAGAAGUAAUUUGUUGCGAGUUUAUGCAAUGUGUUGGUUUUGUUAUUUGAAGAAGGUGAUGUUCAUGCACGGUUCAUUUUGUGCACCAGUAAAAAAACAUGGUAACACUUUAGUAUGGGGGACAUAUUCGCCAUGAAUUAGUUGCUUAUUGACGUGAAAAUUACUCUUUACUAGUCAUUAUUAAGUACGUAUUAAGGCCUUAUUCGGUAUGGCCUUAUUAUAACCAUAACUCUCUAACCCCGGCCCUAACCCUAUAACCUUAACCCUAACCAAAUAACUCUAAAUUAAGUCUUUGUUAUUUAGAAUUAGGGCUGCAACAACUAAUCGAUUAAAAUCGAUUAUAAAAAUAGUUGGCGAUUAAUUAAGUCAUCGAUUUGUUGGAUCUAUGCUAUGCGCGGAGGCUACUUUAUUUAUUUAUUAAUAAAUAUAUAUCCAUGUAUUUUUAAAUAAUACUAAUAAUUUAAGAAUAGCAAUGGCAUAUCAAAUCAAAUCUAAAUAGAAAUUGAAUGCCUCUUUUCUAUUUGCAGCCUUCUCAGGUAAAUAUCAAAAUAAACUUUUCCCACAGGCUAAUAAUAAAUUGUUAUAUUGUAGUGUCCAGGAAGAGGUAGUGCUGCUAGGGGUUCUGUGUAUUAGUUCUGUUGUGUUACAGUGCGGAUGUUCUCCCGAAAUGCGCUUGUCAUUCUCGUUUAGCGUUGGUUCACAGUGUGGCGCAUAUUUGUAACAGUCUUAAAGUUGUUUAUACGGCCACCCUCAGUGUGACCUGUAUGGCUGUUGACCAAGCUUGCAUUGCAUUAGCGUGUGUGUGUGUGUGUGUGUGUGUGUGUGUGUGUGUGUGUGUGUGUGUGUGUGUGUGUGUGUGUGUGUGUGUGUGUGUGUGUGUGUGUGUGUAAGCCACAUAUAUCAUGUGUUUCUACGUUGGAAAAGCGGACGCUUUCUAGAGGACGCUUGAGGCAGAGCCUUUAAGGCACGCCCCCAAUAUUGUUGUCCAGGUGGGAAUCGGGAGAAAUUUGGGAGAAUGGUUGCCCCCUCAGAUUUUCGUGAGGGGCACUGAAAUUUGGGAGUCUCCUUUGAAAAUCGGGGGGGGGGCCAAAUGAAAAUACACGGCGGGCCAAAUUUGGCCCACGGGCCAGAGUUUGACACCCAUGCUCUGACCUUAACCCUAACCAAAUAACUCUAAAUUAAUUAUUUGUUACUUAGAAUUAGGGCUGCAACAACUAAUCGAUUAAAAUCGAUUAUCAAAAAUAGUUGGCGAUUAAUUUAGUCAUCGAUUCGUUGGAUCUAUGCUAUGCGCAGGGGCUACUUUUUUUUUUUUUAUUUAAAAUAUAUAUAUACAUAUAUUUUUAUAAACUGCAACAUUUACAAACAGCUGAGAAUCAAUAAUCAAAAUAAGUAUGGUGCCAGUAUGCUGUUUUUCAAUAAAAUACUGGAAAGGAUAGAAAUGUAGUUCGUCUCUUUUAUCCGAUUAUUAAUCGAUUAAUCGAAAUAAUAAUCGACAGAUUAAUCGACUAUCAAAUUAGUUGUUAGUCGCAGCCCUACUUAGAAUAUGUUCCCCUGGUGUCCAAAAAACUAUAAAUUAAGUCUUUGUUACUUAGAAUAUGUUCCCCAUACUAAAGUGUUACCAAAAACAUAUGUGAAGUGAAUUAUAUUUAUAUAGCGCUUUUUCUCUAGUGACUCAAAGCGCUUUACAUCAUGACACCCGAUAUCUAAUUUUUACAUUCAAACCAGUGUGGGUGGCACUGGGAGCAGGUGGGUAAAGUGUCUUGCCCAAGGACACAACGGCAGUGACUAGGAUGGCGGAAGCGGGGAUUGAACCUGCAACCCUCAAGUUGCUGGCACGGCUGCUCUACCAACCACGCUAUACCGUAUUUUUCGGAGUAUAAGUCGCACCCACAGCCAAACUAUGAAAAAAACCUCGACUUAUAGUCCGAAAAAUAUGGUUACUCUGUAUUGAAUUUGAAAAAAAAACAUUUAUAAAUUGUAUUUUUCACUAAAGAAGGGUUCGGUGAUUGCGGGUAUGAAACUGGUGUGGUACGGUACCUCCAACAAGGUUAAGAGGCACUGCUGUAUGUACAUACAGUUGUAAUCCAAAUUAUUCAACCCCCACACAAUUUUGGUGUUUUAGCAAGUUGCACAUUUAUUCCGUAUUUUGUUUAUAGUCAUAUCAAAUAAAGAUGCAUUAAAUAGACAAAUGCAACUUGAAUUACAACAUUUUAUUUUGUAACAUACCAAACAGUGUCAUUCCUCUUAAUAUCUCAUUGACAAAAUUAUUCAACCCCUUGAAGAUCAUAACUCUUAAGAACAGAAUUUGAAUAAGGUCUUUUCAAUCAGGUGUUGAAAACACCUGUAGAUGUGAUUAGAACCAAAUCGAGCAACAAUUAAACUGAUUGAAAAAGACUGUGACGCUCAGCUUCUUCUAGAUGGUCAAUGGUGUAUUUGCAACAUGGUGAAGUCCAGGGAGUGGUCAAAGAAGUCAAGAGAGGAGGUAAUUUCUCUUCAUAAGAAAGGAUAUGAAUAUGAGAAAAUAGCAAAGACAUUACACAUUCCAAGAGACACAGUUGGGGGCAUAAUUCGCAAGUUUAAAGCUAAAGGCACAGUGGAAAGAGGAUGCUGUGUGCAACUGCUGUCCAGUAUUUGAAGCGUACAGUGGUGAAAAACCCCCAGCUGAGGAACUACAACAGGACAUUGCAGAGGGGGGAACGCAGGUUUCGUCCCAGACAAUAAGGCGCGCACUACGAGAUGAAGGCCUCCAUGCCAGAACUCCCAGGCGCACCCCACUUCUGACUACCAGGCACAAGAAAAAGACUGCAGUAUGCCAAAAAUCAUCUGGACAAACCCCAAAGGUUUUGGGAAACUGUUCUAUGGAGUGAUGAGACAAAAGUGGAACUCUUUGGGCCUAUGAAUCAACGUUAUGUCUGGAGGAGAAAAAAUGAAGCUUACAAGGAGAAGAACACCUCGCCUACUGUUAAGCAUGGUGGGGGGUCAAUCAUGCUCUGGGGCUGUUUCCCUGCCUCAGGUACCGGGAGUCUCCAGCGCGUUCAAGGCAUUAUGAAUUCUAUUUCCUAGCAGGAUAUAUUAGCUGCAAAUUUCAUGAAGUCAGUGAGGAAGCUGAGGCUUGGGAGACGUUGGACCUUUGAACAGGACAAGGAUCCUAAGCAUACCUCCAGAUCAACAUCAGAGUGGUUGCAGAAGAAGUGCUGGAAGACUCUGGAGUGGCCUUCACAGUCGCCAGACCUAAAUCCUAUAGAAAACUUGUGGUGGGACUUGAAGAAGGCAGUUGUAGCACACAAGCCCAAGAAUAUGAAUGAACUGGAGGCCUUUGCCCAAGAGGAAUGGGCUAAAAUACCUGUAGAUGGUUGCAAGAAGCUUGUGUAUCACCUUUGAAGGAUGUCAUUACUGGCAAAGGGUGUUCUACUAAGUACUAAAGAUGCAUGGAACUAGGGGGUCGAAUCAUUUUGUCAAUGAGAUAUUAAGAAAAAUGUCCUUUUUUGGUAUUUUGUAAAAUACAGUGUUACAAUUUAAGUUGGAUUUGUCUAUUUGACACAUUUUUAUUUGAUAUGACUAUAAACAAAAUACGGAAUAAAUGUCCAACUUGUGUGGGGGUUGAAUAAUUUGGAUCUCAACUGUAUUGCAUCAUUAUGCCUCACUAUAUUUGAGCUCAUUUCGUUUCCUCUAAGUCCUCAUAAUUUAAUUUAUAUCUCAUGACACACUAUCUGUACGUAAUAUGGCUUUUAAUUUUUUGCGGCUCCAGGCGGAUUUGUUUUUGUAUUUUUGGUCCAAAUAUGGCUCUUUCAACAUUUUGGGUUGCCGACCCCCUGGCUUAACCGAAUGAUGUCAUGCGUCAGACAAAAAGUAAAAGUGCAAUCUAGAGAAAGGACUUUUGAAUAUGCGUUUUCCUGACUCAAUUUUGGACCUUGGACCAUGUUGUUUACAUGCGUUGCUGCAGUACAGUGCUGAUGAUGGCUAUGUCGUCACAGUGUGCACCACUACUGCCACCCAGCGGUCACACUCAUAAUGCAUCAUGACGUGGGAUGCAUUUGGGCUCAGUUCAAAUUAGUUACAAAAUAAAAUGUUCACAGUGAACCAAAAAAAAAAAAAGUACAUGCACUUGUCUAUAAUAUAAGUGAUGUUUCAUAUGUUAUUAUCCGUGCCAGGUGGGUGUUUUAUCAACAUUUUUGUGAGGGACUGAUUCAAAUUAAGCCAGAAUUGUAUUAAUAAUGUCAGAAUGGGGCUGACUACUAUAUUGUCUUUAAAACUGCCGCAGCAGCUGGAACUCAUACUGCCAGUCCAGGAGUCUCAUGUCUGCCUAACAACAUAUUUUAACAGGGGGGGAGGGGGGGAAAAAAAAAAGGUAUAUUUUAAUUAUUAUAUUGACAGAUUAUUUUCUAGUAAAGUGUACCACUUUAGAGGAGCGGUCCCCAACCUUUUUGUCGGCCAAUAUCUACGAAUCCAAUGUGGAAACGAGUUGUUUGUGUUUAUUUGGAACAUGCACGCAUACAACAGGAUACGUCGCGGUUUCCGGUUUCUCCAUUCGACAUGUUCGAAAAGGAGUAGGAAGAAGCAGAGCUCAUUUUAUCCUACACCUUUUCCUUUACAUAGAAAGUUUCUAAAAACUUUUUUCCACUUCCUGUUCUCAACGUAUUAGAAUAGAAUAGUCAUUAUAGUUGCAUAUAAAAGUUGCAUAUAAUGACUCCAAUUUAAAGGCCUACUGAAAUGAGAUUUUCUAAUUUAAACAUUUUAUGUGUCAUACUUGAUCAUUUCGCGAUAUUACCAUAUUUUUGCUGAAAGGAUUUAGUAGAGAACAUCGAUGAUAAAGUUUGCAACUUUUGGUCGCUAAUAAAAAAAAAGCCUGGCCUGUACCGGAAGUAGCAGACGUCACGGGUUGUGGAGCUCCUCACAUCUGAACAUUGUUUGCAAUCAUGGCCACCAGCAGCGAGAGCGAUUCGGACCGAGAAAGCGACGAUUUCCCCAUAUAUUUGAGCGAGGAUGAAAGAUUCGUGGAUGAGGAUAGUGAGAGUGAAGGACUAGAAAAACAAAAAAGAGCAGUGGGAGCGAUUGAGAUGUUAUUAGACACAUUUACAAGGAUAAUUCUUGAAAAUCCCUUAUCUGCUUAUUGUGUUGCUAAUGUUGUAGUGAGAUUAUAUGAAAGUCGGACGGGUGUGGCGACCGCCAGUGUCUCUGAGGGAAGCCACGUUUCUCGACGAGGCGAAGCGAAGGCAGCCGUUGGGGCCGGGCUGAGAUUUUUUUUUGUUUUCCCCCACCUCCACGGUGGAAGCAUCCCACGUUCGGGGGCGGUCGGUCGGAGGAGACAAGAGAGUCCGCAACUGCCUCUUUGAGGAACAACGCCAGCUCCGCUCAUGUCUACGGUAAGAGCCGACUUAUUACCAUAAUUUUCUCACCGAAACCUGCCGGUUGACAUGUGGUAGGGAACCAUGUUCGCUUGACCGCUCUGUUCCAUAGUAAAGCUUCAACGUCAUCUUUCGGGAAUGUAAACAAUGAAAAAAGGAAACACCGGCUGUGUUUGUGUUGCUAAAGGCCGCCGCUUCCCACCUACGUCUUUCUUCUUUGACGUCUCCAUUAUUAAUUGAACAAAUUGCAAAAGAUUCAGCAACACAGAUGUCCAGAAUACUGUGUAAUUAUGCGAAUAAAGCAGACGACUUACAGCUGGGAUCAGGGCUGAAACAAAAUGUCCGCUACAAUCCGAGACGUCACGCACACGCGUCGUCAUACGCCGACGUUUUCAACAGGAUACUUCGCGCGAAAAUUAAAAUGGCAAUUUAGUAAAUUAAAAAGGCCGUAUUGGCAUGUGUUGCAAUGUUAAUAUUUCAUCAUUGAUAUAUAAACUAUCAGACUGCGUGGUCGGUAGUAGUGGGUUUCAGUAGGCCUUUAACUAUUUCACCAACUCGUAGCAAUGAGUCGUUCGUGAACGAAGCGGCUCUUCGAAUGACUCUUUUUUUAUACUUCACGUAAUGGCUCUUAUUUUCUUUCAGUUCUCUUCCCCUGAUGUUUAUCGGAGGUCGGCAAGCAGCAAUUGUAAUGCAAUUGGUUAAUAAUCUAACAUUAAGAAUUAAAAAAAGUCUUGAGUUUUGUCUUUUUGUACCUUUUUGAACACCCGUAGCGUAAUAUUUAUCCGUUUUAAACGUGUUAAGCGGGAGAAAGCUAAAAGUUUAACAUUGUGACAAGUUCAAAAGUAAAUAAUUUGUUGUAAUUAAUGGAAAUGUGAACGAUAAAACUCAGAAAUCAAUUUGAGUCCGAUUCUUGCGGUGACGAUUUGAUUCAGAAUCGAUUGUUGAUUCAAACUGAGAAUUUAUUAGUUAUUAUAAACCACAAAGUGGCCUUAGAAACAUUGCAUUAAAAAAAAAAAUUUGAACUUAUUCUUGAAAAAAAAAUAGGAACCUAUUCAAAAUCUGAAUACAUUAGAAUUGUUGUUUUGAUAUGAAUCUAUUAUGUUUCAGCACUAUGUAAAUAAUAAAGCCACAUUUAAAUGCAUAUGUACAAGUUGUGAAAAUAACAUACCGUAUUUCCUUGAUUUGCCGCCGGGGCGCUAAUUAAAAUUUAAAACCUAUUCUCACUCCUGCGCUUACCAAAGGCAUGCGGUAAAAGUAAGCAUGCGCCAAUUAUUUUAAAACCUCUUCUCACUCCGAUACUUACCAAAGGCAUGUAGUAAAAAUUUGAGUGUGAUGUAAGCUUGGACCUUAAAUCCUACUGAAUAGCUCUUAAUCUUCUUCCCUUUAGGCGAUUUCAAAUGAUUGAAAUCAGUCUCCUCCAUUUUGAAAAUAAUGACAGGGGAAGUGUCACUCGUGAUGUCACGAGUUUGACCAGGCGGUAAUACUAAGCAUGCGCUAAUUAUUUUGCGAAGCGAGUUUGACCAGGCAGUAAUUCAAGGCAGGCGCAUACUAUAUGCUCUGAGGAAAUACGGUAUGUAUUACUUGUGAAAAUAAGAUAUGCAUAAAUCAUACAAAUGUUAUUAUAAUUCAUUUAAAUCCUGAAGUUUACGUAAUUGUUGCUUAAAAAUUAAUUAAAGCAACAAAAAACAGGAACCAAAAGAGUCGUCUCUUUUUACUGAACCGAGUCGAUAAAGUCGACUCUUUGAAAAAGAACCGAACAUCCCACUGAUGUAAAGAAGCUCAACCAAGUGCGAUUUUGUGACUCUCGGACGAAAGUUGGCGUUCUUUCACAAUAAAAUACCCGGAAAACUAAAUUAAAUGGAUGCGAUUUUUUUUUUUUUUGCGGUUGGGGACCGCUGCUCGAUACGUACUUUGUUACUGGCCACACUGCCAAGUCCACAUUCCACUUAAAUCCUAACGUCCAAUCAGUGAUCAGUACAGUUCAACAGCAGGAAUCCCUUAAAAAGGAUAAGGGUAUAUAUGUUUAAGAAAACAAAAAAAAUAAAAAUAAAAAAUAUGGUCUUAUUUAGCACAAAUGUUUUCACUUUGAUCAAGUGAAAGGUAACUUGUGUCCACCAACUGAAAAACAGUCGUUUCUACAAACAAUGUACUUACUCAGCAAUUGUCUGUGUUCUACUGUGUGUACACAACUAUACCGUCUGUGCACACCUUCAGCAUUUUUCAUCUUUCUCUGAAUGUGUGUACUCAUACCGCUCCUGAUGCUCACCUCAUGACUAUGCACCUGUAACCUGACUUGUUGACAAAAUAGAAUGAUGUAAAUAAAAGAUGACAACCAA